AUGGACCAUCCUACAUCGCCGAGGAUACCUCCUCCAAGGUUCCCAGUUCGUGAGACACUUGCUCAAAGCAACGCUCCAACGGUUACGUCCUCUUUUAAUUCUAGUCAUCCUAAUGUUACAAUUUCUACUGACACUCCAUCUACUAAUCUAUUACCACGCACAAUUCCGCAUACAAUGUCCAUUGCAUCACAACCUCCCAUUCCUCCGAAGUCACCUCUUAAUCUUACACUCCCGAAGCCUAGCACAUCACACCAUAAUCAUUCACAACCUCAAAAUCCCAUUUAUAAUGAUCAAACACUCACAGUAGACAUACCUUCAUCCACCGUUCCAUCUCACAAUAUUCGAUAUCCUAUGUUAUCAUGUUUCCAACCACCAUUUGAUCUUCUAUCCUGUUACAACAUGAUGUAUCCUUCAGGGUCUUCUACGCCAUCCGAUUUCGACACGCCUCCACAUAGUAAUCGGACUAAUCAGUCCCCCGCCAAAACGACCUCGCUUCCACCUCUAUCACAUCACAUGCCCCGCCAAGAGUCCCCCAGUUCUACCAUUUCGCCGCUGUAUAUUUCCCUAACACCUAGAUCUGAUACCCAUACAACUUCUCACAUAAACACACCAGUUGCACCUCGGUCGCCGAGGAAUGUGGUCCCUCGGCGUCUCGACCCUAAUUCGCCUAUGACUCCGUCCAAUAAUUUCCAACGGCAGCCCUCGAUUGCGCCCAUUAUGCACAGAUCUAAUACCCAAUUAUCAAAUACUUCAAUAGGACUUCCAAACUAUAAUCCAUAUUCUAUACCUCCUAUUUACAACCCCUUUUUUUCCCAUCCCCAGGCCUCCGUUUCAUCCAUGUCUCCGCCCAUAAUUCCUCCUUAUAACACAAAUUUUUCUAUAAAUCAAAACAUUAGUCCAAGUUCCCCAUCUCCGUCAUCUGAUAAUCUUGUGCCUGGCAAUAAUGUCAAGUUUCCUACAUGGCACAUUCCUACUUCACCGGAGCCCCCACAGGGCCUUAUUUUACCGCCCAUAAUUCCCCCUCCUCAAAGACUCGACUCCACAUCACCUACAUCUACUAACAGAAAUAUUGAUUCAGCACCUCAGUCCUCUAUUCCACUAGUAUCUCCUCCUUCAAUUUCUCCUGUAGCUUUCGAUUACAGCAUACGAAAACAGACACAAAACCCCAACUCAACUGACUCUUUACAAACGAGUCCACCUUUGCUUCCUUUUACGUGUUCUAACUAUACUCCUUCUAGGCGUAAAAAUCCUAACUCAUCUACAGUUCCCGAUCAUAACGUAUCUAGAGAACAUCAAUCAUUCGUAGAUUCUAUGGCUCUUCAUAUGCAAAACUCUAACCCGCAUGUUUCUCCACCAUCAAUUUCAUUUGCAACUCCAAAUCAAGUCAAAUCUCCUGGAAAGGAGGACUUUACCUCACAUUCACCUGCCACCUUUGUUGCUGAACCUCGAUUCCCUAUGCCAAAUAUGUAUAAAUCGCCCGUUCCAUUUAUAACACCAAACUACGCUAUGUCUCCAGAAAGGCAGAGCCUAAGUCGACCUGUACAAUUGUCUACUUGGCCAUUAAUGUCUUGUCAAAGAGAACCCCCAAGUCCAUCUGCACAAUUGUCCACUGGGCCACUAAUAAUUCCAGAAAGGCAGAGCCGCAGCCUACCGGUACAAUUGUUCUCUGGGCAACUAACAUCUUUUCAAAGAGAAUUUCCUAGCCCGUCUGUACAAACACCCACUGGUCAUGUAAUGACUUCUCAUAGAGAAGACCUUAGUCCGCCUGUACAAUGGCCCACCGGCCAACAAAUAUCUUCUCGAAGAGAAAACUUAAGUUCGUCUGUACAAACACCCACUGGCCGUCUAAAGUCUUUUCAAAGAGAGUGCCUUGGUCCGUCUGUAGAAUUGCCAACUGGGCAUCUGAUGUCUUGUCCAAGAGAACCUCCAAGUUCACCUGUACAAUUGUCCACUGGGCCACUAAUAAUUCCAGAAAGGCAGAGCCCCAGCCUACGUGUACAAUUGUCCACUGGGCAACUAAUGUCUUCUCAAAGAGAAACCCCAAGUUCACCUGUACAAUUGUCCAAUUGGCCAUUAAUGUCUUGUCAAAGAGAACCUCCAAGUCCAUCUGUACAAUUGUCCACUGGGCCACGAAUAAUUCCAGGAAGGCAGAGCCGCAGCCUACCGGUACAAUUGUCCUCUGGGCAACUAACAUCUUUUCAAAGAGAAAUUCCCAGCCCGUCUGUACAAACACCCACUGGUCAUGUAAUGACUUCUCAUAGAGAAGGCCUUAGUCCGCCUGUACAAUGGUCCACCAGCCAACAAAUAUCUUCUCGAAGAGAAAACUUAAGUUCGUCUGUACAAACACCCACUGGCCGUCUAAAGUCUUUUCAAAGAGAGUGCCUUGGUCCAUCUGUACAAUUCUCCACUGAGCAACUAAUAUCUUGUCAAAAAGAAAGCCCUAGUCCACCUGCACAAUUGUCCAAUUGGCCAUUAAUGUCUCGUCAAAAAGAAACCCCAAGUCUAUCUGUACAAUUGUCCACUGGGCCACUAAUAAUUCCAGAAAGGCAGAACCUACCUAUACAGUUGUCCUCUGGGGAACUAAUGUCUUCUCAAAGACAACCUCCAAGUUCACCUGUACAAUUGUCCACUUGGCCACUAAUGUCUUGUCCAAGAGAACCUCCAAGUUCACCUGAAAGGCAGAGCCCCAGGCUACCUGCACAAUUGUCCACUGGGCAACUAACAUCUUUUCAAAGAGAAUUUCCUUGCCCGUCUGUACAAACAGCCACUGGUCAUGUAAUGACUUCUCAUAGAGAAGGCCUUAGUGCGCCUGUACAAUGGCCCACCGGCCAACAAAUAUCUUCUGAAAGAGAAAACUUAAGGUCGUCUGUACAAACACCCACUGGCCGUCUAAAGUCUUUUCAAAGAGAAACCCCAAGUCCACCUGUACAAUUCUCCACUGGGCAACUAGUAUCUUUUCAAAGAGAAUUUCCUAGUCCACCAAUACAAUUGUCCACCGGGCAAGUAAUGUCUUCUCAAAGAAAAACCCCAAGUCCCUCUGUACAAUUGUCCGCUGUACAACAAAUAUCUCCAGAUAGACAGAGCCCAAGUCCACCUGUACAAUUGUCCUCCAGACAACUAAUGUAUUUUCAAAGAGAAUUUCCUGGUCCGUCUGUACAAACAACCGCCGGUCAUGCAAUGACUUCUCAAAUAGAAAACUUAAGUUCGUCUGUACAUUUGCCUAUCGGUCAACAAAUACCUUGUCAAAGAGAAAACUUAAGUUCGUCUGUACAUUUGCCUAUCGGUCAACAAAUACCUUGUCAAAGAGAAAACUUAAGUUCGUCUGUACAAACAGCCACUGGUCAAGUAAUGACUUCUCAUAUAGAAGACCUUAGUCCGCCUCUACAAUGGCCCACCGGCCAACAAAUAUCUUCUCAAAGAGAAGACUUAAGUUCGUCUGUGGGCACUGGGCAACUAAUAUUUCCAGAAAGGCUGUCUACUGGGCAACUAAUGUCUCCUCAAAGAGAAACCCCAAGUCCACCGGUACAAUUGUCCACUGGGCAACUAGUAUCUUUUCGAAGAGAAUUUCCUAGUCCGUCUGUACAAUUGCCCACUGGACAACCAAUUUCUUCUCAAAGAAAAACCCCAAGUCCAUCUGUACAAUUGUCCGCUGUACAACUAGUAUCUCCAGAAAGGCAAAGCCCAAGUCCACCUGUACAAUUGUCCUCUGGCCAACUAACAUCUUUUCAAAGAGAAUUUCCUUGUCCGUCUGUACAAACAGCCACCGGUCAUUUAAUGACUUCUCAUAGAGAAGGCCUUAGUCAACCUGUACAAUGGCCCACCGGCCAACUAAUAUCGUCUCAAAGAGAAAACUUAAGUUCGUCUGUGGGCACUGGGCAACUAAUAUUUCCAGAAAGGCAGAGCCCAAGUCCACCUAUACUAUUGUCCACUGGGGAUCUAAUAUCUUCUCAUAGAGGACGCUCUAGUCCAUCUAUACAAUUGGCGACUGCGCAACUAAUGUCUUCUCAAAAAGGAAGCCCUAGUCCACCUAUACAAUUGGCCACUGGGCAACUAGUGUCUUCUCAAAGAAAUACCCCAAGUUCAUCUGUACAAUUGACUGCUGUACAACUAAUAUCUCCAGAAAGGCAGAGCCCAAGUCCACCUGUACAAUGGCCCACUGAUCAACAAAUAUCUUCUCGAAGAGAAAAUUUAAGUUCCCCUGUACAAUUGCUCACUGGUCAACGAAUAUCUUCUCAAAGAGAAAGCCUUAGCCCGUCUGGACAAACACCCACUGGUCUUCUGAUGUCUCUUCAAAGAGAAUGCCCUGGUUCGUCUGUAGAAUUGCCCACCGGUAAACUAGCGUCACCUCAAAGAGAAAGCUUAAAUUCCCGUGUACAAUUGUUCACUAGUCAAUUAAUGUCUUCUCAAAGAGAAAGCCGUAGUCCACCUCGACCUACACCCACUGAUCCACUAUCCCCCCACAGUACAUCUUCUAACCCUCUGGCUUCCAAUCCUCCACUCCCGUUACCAAUUACUUCUCCCAAUACCACCAAGAGCUCUCCUCAAAAGCGAAAUGCUCCAAUAACUUCACCAACCGAUCCGGUAAUUCCUCUUACAUCUUUAAAUGGUCAGUCCUUUCCUUCACCUACACAGGCCUCGCCAAUUCCUACGUUUGAUGAUAACGACAUCCCUCCACUAAUCAAUGAUUCUCACCCAUCCCCGCCCACCUUUGUACAUGUAUUACAUGACCAUACUUACUCUCUCCAGACUCAAUCCCCUAUUGAAUCAGUUUCAAAAAUAUUAUUUAUCAUACCUCCUUCUCACACGAUUUCCCGUAAAAGACAAAACUCCGAAUCGUCAUUACCUAACUCCACAAACUCUCCUAAUACUGAAGACUAUGUGAUCUGCCGAAAAAGACGGAGCCUAAACUCGCCUACACCUUCUAGCAGUUUGCUUAACAACAAGCCGUCCAACUCAAAUCCUACACAAGUGCCUAUCGUCCCUAUAUCUCCGUCACCAAUACAUGAUAUAUCCCUUAAUGACGUCAUAACCCCUCUGCAAGACUCGGUUUCCCCGAUACUCCUGUCAUCCACUAUCUCUUCACAGCUUCAGGGUCCGAUGGUGUCAGUACCUACCGUAUCCGCUAAUACCACACCUGAAUUGCAAAAUUCCCAGUUACCUACUACUAGCGAUUAUUAUAACUCUACCUCAUCCCAGUCUCUGUCUCCUGCACCUUUGCCAUCAGUUCCUCAUAAAACUCCUACCACGGCGCCUCCUCCAUGGAAAAAUUCACCUGAAGCCACUGACCAAUCUAUGUCCUUAGAGUCGCAGUGUCCCAUAGCUCCUACACCAAUGUCUGCAAUUAACUCCAAUCCGCCCACACCUUCAGAUCCUACGUUAUCAAAUCUUCAAUCUUCUGUUCUUCUUGUAUCUAUGACAUCAAUGUCUUCUGAAACUCGUAAUGACUUAAAUAUAUCUGAACCAACGCAAAACCCCAAUUCACCAAUACCUCCGAACUACGUUAUGUCUUCUGAACCUCUGUCAUCAAUACCUCCUGAUACUUUUAGUGACACAAGGAAUUCGCCAUUAACUGUAGACGACAGUAACUGUAAAGUUAAACCCGAACUUCUAACGACAGUUCCUCCGAUAUCCCCUACUAACACACAACGCACUGUUGAACAAUAUCCCACUAUACACAUACCUUCGCUAACUCAUCCUGAACCAACCAAUGACACCUUAUCUGAUUUUUAUAGUCAGUAUUCACCAAAGACUACCGAUAUUGUAUUAGAACAAUCACAAUCGUCGAUUAUUCCCUCACGACCUCCUGUUACGACCAUUAAUAACACUACACCUAAAUGCCAAAGUGUGUACGCACCAAUAAAUUCCGAUGACAUCACCUCUUCAUUGCCUAACUCCCGAAUUGUUCCCUUUUAUCUUCAACGGAGAAGGGGUAUGAAACUGCCUAAAGUAUCUAAUUACAUGGCGCGUUCUGAGCCAAUUAUUUCCGUUCCGUGUCAACCCCAGAACAUAUCAAACUUUCGCAACCACAGUCCCCAGAUUCUUCCCAACCUGCGAUGUCGACUCCUGUUAAUAUAG